AUGGAUCCUGACCAUAACGUGCCUCCCGUCGCUACUGGACGAUCCUCUCAGCCCCGAGCCCAGGAGCAAUUCUCUCAGCACCAAGUUCAGGAGCAGCCCUCGCCGUCAGUGGAACCUGAACAUGUAGAUAGCAGAGGUCGUCCGCAGAGCCAGUCAAUGGCGACUGAGAAGCCCCUGCUUGGCAGUUCAGAUGGACUUUCGCCGACUCGCGAUCGCAGUGAUCCCUAUGCAGAUUUUGAGCCUGUUCCUCUGCCUCCUCCCGCUGCGAGAAGCAGGGACGGUGUGGACGGACAUAUGGUGGGUGGACCGUCGCGGCGCUCAGAUAUGGGCCAUACUCGUGCCAACACCUCUGGCAUAGGCUGGAUAGUGCCCGGAAUUGAAGAGAAACCUCACCGGCGUACAAUCGGAGAGCGCCUCGCCCCAUCUAUUGAAAAUGCGGAAAAGGAGAGGGCGCAAUACGCCAUAAAAGCACGAUGGACUGGCCUCGCGUUGAAUAUUGCUAUAGGUUUACAAGUUUUGCUUGGGGCACUUACCACGGGUAUUUCGGCGGCGACGUCGGGUAAGCAGACUUCGAUUGGCAUCUCUGUUCUCGGGGGCCUGGCGACGUUAGUUGCUUCCUAUCUCGCUCGGACGCGAGGAUCAAACGAACCAGAACUAUCCAUAACUCGCGUUAAGGACCUAGAUCAAUACCUGAGAGACUGCUUAGCCUUUCAAAUGGAUCACGGGCAUGAAUAUGGGACACCUGGGGACGAUCUGAAUGAUCGGCUAGAGCAGCUUAGAAGGAGGUUUGAAGAGCUUCUUGGAAAUGCUGAUGGGCAGCGAAAGCUGUCCCCGCUGGCACGAAUCAAGAAGAUUAUGCAGAAAGAUGAGGAAGUUGGGAAGGUUGCACAAGCUACACCAGUCGUGAUUUCAAAAGCGCUGGAACUAUUCCUGGCUAUGAUUGUGGACGAGGCAACCAAAGUCACGGUGGAACGGGGGGCAAAGAAGGUUGAAGCUUAUCAUUUAAAGCAUGCGAUCGACACAACAGAGAUGCUGGAUUUCCUAAAGGAAAUCGUCGAAUCAGUACCUGACCCUUCAGCGGGUGGUACCAUCGACCUGCAAGCUGAGGCGGCAGAGAACGCAAAGCGAAAGAGGAGCAAAGCAAAGAAAAAUGGGGCGGCACCUGGAGAGGGCCCAAAGAGGCGGCGGAAAAAGAAAGACGAUGCUGAUACGGAGGGCGUACCGGAAGAGACGAUGGGAGAAGCAAAGUCUGAGGAAGGAGACCCUCGAAUGGACGAUGAUGAUGAUGCAUAUGAAGAAUCGUCGACUCGCCCUCGGCGUCGACGAGAUGAUUAUGGCGAGGAGGACAUGCCCUACGUACCACGAUAA